AUGGCCAACAUCGCCGUCAAGAUGGUCGCGGCCGUGACAGCUUCACCAGACGUCGGUGAAUCUUUGUCUGGCAUAUUCGGCUGCAUCAGUCUGGUCGCAUGGAUAUGUUUGCUCCUUCCGCAGCUUGUCACCAAUUACAAAGCUCAGAGCGCAGACGGCCUCUCGAUGGGCUUCCUCUUUAUCUGGCUCCUCGGCGACAUCACAAACCUCGCUGGCGCCCUGGUCACAAACCUCGCCCCUUCCGCGAUCGCGAUAGGCAUCUACUUCUGUGUCGCCGACGUGAUCCUCAUCACCCAGUCCCUAUACUAUAAUGCCGUCAACGCCCGACGGAGGCACCGGGAGCAACUGGCAUCGUUGCAGGCGCAGGCCACCGAAGACGAGCCCCUCCUCGCCCGUAGGCGGUCGAGUUCCGGUGCCGGGGGCCUGCCGGGAAGCCACAGGCGCCACUCUGUUCGGCGGGGCUCCUCGAACCUGGACCCGCUGACUAGGAUCGUCACGGGCGAGGACGAGACACCGCUGCGGAGCCCGUGGUUGACCAACACACUGAGCCUCGUGGCGGUGUAUGCGCUCGGCGUCGCGGCCUGGUUCGUCAGCCGGGAGGUGCUGUCUUCAGACGACGGAGGCGCCCAGGACCCUGCUGGAUCUGAGCCGAGGGAGACGGGCAAAGACUCAGUGAUGAUGGUGGUGGGGAUGGCUCUGGGCUACGUCAGCGCGCUGUGUUAUCUGUGCGCGCGCAUCCCACAGAUCAUCAAGAACUGGCGGGAGAAAUCCACCGAGGGCCUCGCACUGCUGUUCUUCCUCCUGUCCCUCACCGGAAACCUCACGUACGGCGCCAGCCUCGUGGCGUUCUCCCAGGACGGCGGCUACCUUCUCAAGGCCCUGCCCUGGCUGUUGGGCUCGCUCGGAACGAUCGCCGAGGACGCGGUCAUCUUUUUGCAGUUCAAGUUGUACUCCAAAACGGGCCAGGCCAAGGAGGACGCAGUCGAGGAGAACGGAAACGCGGCAUCAUACCAAGCCUAG